UAGACAAAGAAUGGCCUACUUUCCAUUUUUCUUUUCCCCCAACACAUUCAGCGUCCAAACGCCUUAGAUCUCUCCCACCCCCUCUCUCUCUCUCUCUCAACAAAUCCCCUGCCUUAGAACUCUCUCAGUUCGUGAUCCUUCAACCCAAAUCAAUUACACUCUCCUCUAUUAUGAAAUUCUUCACUUUCCCUUUUCUCUUUUCCCUUUUUCUUUUUCUUCAUCUCCAUUCUUCUUCUGCCUCUAACCAUUCUUCCCAUCUCCACUCACUACGCUUCCAUGUUGGCCGAGGAGACUUCGUUAGUGUGGUGGAACUCUGGAAGGCAGCCGGGAGGAAUCUGGUGGAAUCCAUCGUUGAUAAUUCCUCUCUGAUUUUGGCUGAGACUAGAACGUACAGGAAAGACCCACUUAAUAAUUUUCAGCGCUAUACUGGUGGUUGGAAUAUUAAAAAUAAGCAUUACUGGGCUUCUGUUGCCUUUACAGCAGCUCCUUUCUUUGUCAUCGCUGGGAUUUGGUUCAUUGUUUUUGGAUUGAGUUUGUUUCUAAUUUGCCUAUGCUAUUGCUGUUGUCGAAGGGAGCCUUAUGGCUAUUCUCGAUUGGCUUAUGCUCUUUCUCUCAUUUUUCUUAUCCUUUUUACCAUUGCAGCUAUUGUUGGGUGCAUUGUUUUAUACACGGGUCAGGGGAAGUUUCACAGCAUCACAACAAGGACACUGGACUAUGUAGUGGGUCAAGCUGAUGACACUGUUGUCAAUCUUCACAAUGUGUCGGAUUACCUUAGUGCAGCUAAGAAGAUAGGAGUUGCAACAGCAUUUCUUUCUCCUGAUAUCCAGACAAAAAUUGAUGACAUUGAUAGAAAGCUUAACUCUUCUGCUACUACUCUUUCUGAGAAGACGGGAGAGAAUUCCGAGAAUAUCCAAUAUGUGCUUGAUCAUAUAAGGCUUGCUCUUAUAAUUCUAGCUGCCGUUAUGCUCCUUCUGGCAUUUCUUGGAUUCUUAUUUUCCAUUCUUGGGAUGCAGUCUCUUGUAUACUCCUUGGUGAUCAUUGGUUGGAUUCUUGUUGCUGGCACAUUCAUUUUGUGUGGUGUUUUUCUUCUCCUCCAUAAUGUCGUAGCAGAUACAUGUGUGUCGAUGAAUGAGUGGGUUCAAAACCCAACUGCCCAUACAGCUCUAGAUGAUAUUCUACCAUGUGUGGACAAUGCCACUGCGCAAGAAACUCUCACACAAUCAAAGAAUGUGGCAUUUCAACUUGUUGAUGUGGUCAACAAUGUCAUCACUGGAAUCGCCAAUGGUAACUUCCCACCAAGUGCUGGAGCACCCUUCUAUUUUAAUCAAUCUGGUCCAUCAAUGCCCAUCCUCUGCAACCCAUUUUAUUCAAAUCUUACCGAUCGAUUAUGCGCAUCGGGUGAAGUAGAACUGGGGAAUGCUACUGUGGUCUGGAGGAACUUCGUUUGCGAAGCUUCAGCAUCUGGUAUUUGUACAACUCCUGGCCGGCUAACCCCAACUUACUACGGUCAAAUGACUGCUGCUGUAAAUGUAACUUUUGGUUUGUACAAGUAUGGUCCAUACUUGGUUAGUUUGCAAGAUUGCUCUUUUGUGCGGCAAACAUUCACAGACAUACAAAAUAACUAUUGUCCUGGAUUGCGUCGAUAUACACAAUGGAUCUAUAUUGGAUUGGUUCUGGUGUCUGCAGCCGUGAUGCUGUCAUUAAUUUUCUGGGUAAUCUACGCCAGAGAACGACGACACCGUGUAUAUACAAAGAGCCAUAUGGGCCAGUGAUAUCGAAGAGAAGGGUUGUAAGAAUCAUACAUCCAUGUAUGCUUGUUGUAGGUACAUUUUAUACUGAGUUAUGUCUCACACAUAUUUGAACAUUACAUUAGAUUAGAGCUUAUUUAUUUUUGUAGAAUAUCAAAUAUGUUUGUUUUCCCCUAGCUAUGAUAUUCUUCAAACCUGAAUCUGAAUACUGUUGAUGUGAUGCUUUGUGUAGAUAGAGAUAAUAGUUAAAGGAAAGGAUUUUUUGGGUUGGUU